UUCUCUUCCCUCCCCCCUUCCUCCCCCCUUCACACCUCUUCCCAGAAAUCCCGAGGCGUGGUAACACACGCCCUUUCUCCACGUAGUCAACAGAGGCCUUGUUGUCGUGUUCCAGCCAAGACGGGUUCCCAUCUUCAUAUCCUACCUGCGUUAGGCCGUUCCUUCCAAUCAAGGCACUACCCGCCGCGUACAUUACGUUGCCGCCUCGUAUCAUUCCUGGACAAUACGUUAUCGCCUUGCGCUGGAUCAUCAAUACUCCACUCUCCUCCUCUCUUGACUAGGAUUACCCACACACCAUGGAUGGCGUGCCGGAUAUCGAAUAUGAGGGUCUUUCACCGAACGCAGGUCUUGGCAUAAACAUGAUGGCUGGUGCACUUGCUGGCAUUACGGAACAUGCAGUCAUGUUUCCCGUAGACAGCAUAAAAACACGAAUGCAAGUCUUUGCGACAAGCCCUGCAGCAGUGUACACAGGAAUCGGGAAUGCGUUCUCACGAAUAUCUUCAACGGAGGGUAUGAGAGCACUAUGGCGAGGCGUGUCAUCGGUGAUCAUGGGCGCAGGACCAGCCCACGCCGUGCACUUUGGGGCUUAUGAAGCCGUGAAGGAGUUGACGGGAGGCAAUGUGGAGGGCAAUCGGAAUGCGUGGCUGGCGACUUCUGUCGCGGGAGCAGCGGCGACGAUUGCUAGUGAUGCGUUGAUGAACCCAUUCGAUGUUAUUAAACAACGAAUGCAAGUGCACCAAUCCGAAUUCAGAUCAGCCCUCGUCUGUGCCCGGACAGUCUACCAAAACGAAGGGCUCUCUGCGUUCUACGUGUCCUACCCUACCACGCUUAUGAUGACCGUCCCCUUUACCGCGGUCCAAUUCACGGUCUAUGAACAACUGAAAUCCCUGCUCAACCCUUCUGGUUCUUACUCUCCCGCAACGCAUAUGAUUGCGGGUGGACUUUCAGGGGGUGUGGCGGGGGCUGUGACGACGCCGUUGGACGUUGCGAAGACGAUUUUGCAAACGAGGGGGUCGAGUAGUGAUCCGGAGAUUAGGAAUGUGAGGGGGAUGGUGGAUGCGUUUAGGAUUAUUUGGCAGAGGGAUGGGAUGAAGGGGUUUGGGAGGGGGUUGACACCAAGGGUGUUGACGUUUAUGCCGAGUAAUGCGUUGUGUUGGUUGUCGUAUGAGUUCUUCAAGGCGGCAAUACGAGACUCUAGUUGAUCACGCAUAUUAUCGCCUGCGUGUGAUAACGCGGUACGGCGCGGUACGAUCAUAGAUCAUCACUCGAAAAACAAAAAAAGAGGCAUGACAAUUGAGGGUUAUAAUAUAUACAUCUAUCGCUGUCGAGUUCAUGUUUUCGUAUUCGUAUACUACUAUUAUUGUUGUUCAUUCCUAGGACCUAAUUCUGACGAACCACCUGGUACUUAUAUUGCUUAGAUGCUUAUUGCACUGAGCGCUGGGUUCGAUCUGCUGCAUAUACCUAUCGAUUUUUUUUCUUGAUGUUAUUAGAGAGAAUCGAGAUGGACUGCAGAGGAUGGAGCGAUCGAGACAGUGCUGUCAGAUGUCAAAUGGUAAACUUUGAUUGUUGUGUCUAGUACCGUCUUUCUCG